AUGGCCUCGCCGCCGUACGCCUCCUCGCCGACGGCCAUGUCGCCUCCCUACCCCUCGCCCGCGCAGAUCCCCAACAAGAAGCGCUCGUCGAGCUUCGACACGACCGGUAAGCCGCCUGCCCUGAAGCGCCGCAAGCCGUCGACGCUCUCGCAGGCAUCCGUGCCGGUGCACCCUCUGCGACAGACGUCGUUCCCCCCCGAGGCGCGAUCGCCGCACACGCGCUCGCCCUCGGUCGACGCCAUGUCGCACGUGAGCGGCAGCGCGGUGAGCGGAACGGCCAGUGGCGUCGGGGCUGCUGCUCGUAAGAAGCGCGGCCGCAAGUCCAAGGCGGGCGGCAAGGCCGACGAUGGGACAAACGACCAGGCGUCGAGCGUCGCGGGCGGCAGCAAGGCGGCGACCAACGUGUCGGGCCAGGGCGGGGACAAGGAGGCCGAGGACGACGAGGACGACGACAAGGCGGAGAUGGCUCUGGAGGACGUGGUGGCGCGCACGCAGGAGCAGAAGCAAGAGGAGAUUCGACUGCGUGCGAUGCUGGUCGAGGCGUUUGACAGCGAGCAGUACAACCGGUACGAGCUGUGGCGCGCCGCCAAGCUGUCUGACGCGGUGGUGAAGAGGGUCGUAAAUGCUACAGUCUCCCAGUCUGUCCCGCAAAUGGUCAGCACAGCCGUCAAGGCAGUCGCGAAGCUGUUUGCGGGCGAGUUCAUCGAAGAGGCGCGCCAGAUUCAGGCUGAAUGGAUUCGCGCAGGCGAGCAUCAGAGCGAGAUGCCAACACCACCGCCCGCGGCCGACGAUGCCGGCAACAACGAGGAGGAGAAGGAGCUGAAGCGUGGACCGCUGCGGCCGGACCACCUGCGGGCGGCGUGGCUGCGCUACCGGGCUUCGAAGCAGAGCCACGGCGUCGGCAUGCAGCAGCUAUGGCACAACCAGCAGGGUAGCGGCGUGGAGCGCUUCGCGGCGCGGACGAGGAAGCAAAUGUUUAAAUAA